AUGUGUUUCUUAUUAAAAUUUAUAGUGUUUUUAACAUGUAUAGUAUGUGUUAUAGAAGUGAACGGUACACAAAUACAUGCGUAUUAUGGCCCACCUUUGUUAAUAGAACACCCUUGUAAGGGUGAUCGUCAAAUCGUUGCAUAUUUCCGAAUCGGUAUAAAGGAGGGUUAUAGGAUAACGUUAGAGAAAGACUUAGAAGUCGCAACAGAAAUUAAAGUGAAGUUAGAUUCAGGUGCUAUAAUUAUUUUUGGAGACAAUAUUGACAAGCCUGCAGAUGGUGAUGCAAGAUUUACAGAAAGAGAUCUCAUUAAUAAUGUCUACGGUUUCAUUUUACGUAAACCUAAUAAGCUCUUCACGUUCAUCGUGAAAGGAAGACAUGCGCCAGAACACCCGCCCUAUAUUCUCAGUAUAAAAAUUAACGGAGAAGAAGUUUGCUUCGAUCCAGACAGAACAUUUUUUGGAAGACAUGACACAGCAAUCAAGCCAUAUUGGUCUGAAGCACCGAACAAAUUUUGUGGCAGGAGGCGGAUUAACAGGGAUUACACAGAGCUAAUUGUUAGCGGAACUCCGUCCAAGAUUGGCUAAUGGCCUUGGCAUGUUGCUCUAUUUAGAAAUCACCGACUGUCUAUUAAAUAUAUUUGUGGAGGAACUCUCAUAUCGCAGUUUUUGGUAUUGACAGCUGCGCAUUGCGUCACAAUCAAUGAAGUACCAGUAAAUCCAGAAACACUUGGAGUCGUUCUUGGAAAAACAUCACUAAUUACUAAUGAAAUAACUAGUCAAGAGAGAACGGUGUUCCAAGUAAUUGUUCACGAUGGCUUCAAGAAGAAAACAUUAGACGAUGACAUUGCUUUACUGAAACUGAGCGCUGAAGCUAUUUUCAACAACUACGUUCAGCCAGCUUGUCUGUGGCUUGAUGAGGCUUACGAUCAACUGGAUUCGUAUCAAAUAACAGGAACGGUUGUAGGAUGGGGUAUCGAUCAAACAGAAUCACUGGCGAAUGAUCUUCACGAGGCAACAAUGCCAGUAACUUCAAAGCUAACGUGCAUAUUAUACGAUCCUAUUUUCUACAGUAACAUAUUAGCCAACGACAAAAAAUUCUGCGCUGGACUUCGUAAUGGUACGGCAGCAUGCAAUGGUGUCAGCGGCGGAGGUUUCGUAGUUUUCGUUACUGACACUAAAGACCCGGAUUACAAAAUUGAGUACAAAACAGGAGCGUGGUACGUCAAAGGGAUUGUGUCUGUUACGUUAGCAAGGAAGGACACAUCGGUGUGUGAACCGAACGCGUACACAGUGUUUACAGAUGUAGCAAAGUACAGGAAUUGGAUACUUCAGCACUUGAAAUAAAAAUACACAAUAUAUUAAAAACUA